AUGUUAGGAGCCGACGAUGAGUUCGUCGUACCGCACAUGGACAUAGCCUGUCUUCAGAACUCCCUUGCCUAUCAAAAGGUUCUCGAGGAGCCAUGGACUUAUUUGCACAAUUGGAACACUCACGCACCCUCCGUUCAACAGGAAUUAGUGCAAAAUUUCCUGUCCACACUGGGUCAACUGAAAGCUGAAUUGGCCGUUCCACAAGCAGUCUUCGAUCCUUAUACAGUGAAUAUGAUGAACAACCAAUCGUCAGAGGUAUGUGAUCUCCCCUCCCCUUCGUCGGGAUUCUUCCGUAUACUAUGUGCGAUAUUCUUCUGGAUUCGUGCUCUCUCCCUCCUCCCCUGCAAUAUCAGCCACAUCCAGGUGCAACCAGUAAUAUUGUUUAUUUUGGACUACACAGACGAGUCCAAUAUUCAAGUAAUCCCGCUGUUCGGUUACAAAUCACGGGAGUUGAAAGGGAGAAGCACAUAA